AUGAUCAACACUGAGGCCAAGCUUCAGUUCCAGAGAGCUGUGCCAGGGCUCAGGGAGCUGGUCGGGAAAACCUGUGGCCAAAUUCCAGGAAAAAGACGUGAUUCACCUUCUCUCCUGCCUCUGGCUACGCCGCUGAGCCUCGCCAUUGCCCCCAAACCCACUUUAAACUCCCGCUCCCUCUUAACAACGACCAAUGGCUGGCCGAGGAGCCCGCAGGAGACUGCAGAUUGGCUGGCGCUGGGGUUGCCGAGGCUACGGGGGGGUCCGGCGGGGUCCCCGAGAGGGGCGGGGCCGAGGGAUGCCGGGUGGUUUCCGCCAGGGUACUCAGGUCGUUCGCCGCGCCCCGGUCCGCGCCCCACGGCGGUGGGAGAGGACGGCUCGCUCGCCCCACGGUCCCGCGCGCCCCCUGCCGGCCUCUGGCUCCCGGCGCGCCCGCCCUCCGUCUCCGUUUCCGCCCCCAGGACCUGCCGCGGAGAGCUCACGAGCGCGGCUUCCCCCGCUAGCCGCGCGAUGGGCUGCGGGAACUCCACCGCCACCAGCGCGGGCGCGGGCCGAGGCCCUGCAGGAGCAGCUAAAGAUGUAACAGAAGAAUCAGUAACAGAAGAUGACAAGAGGAGAUUCCACCAGGAAAACUUUUGGCACAGAGAAUACAGAAACUAUGGAGGGGUAUAUGUUGGCCUUCCAUCUGAAGCUGUCAGUAUGGUGUCCAAUCAAACAAAGACUGUGCAAAAAAAUUAGAAGAAAAUGAUAUAACUCAGUACUCAAGAGCUUACAAAUCAAGAUUCAGAAGAAAUUCAGAAGGAAUUUGGUUCUGCGGGAUAUUAUACUGUGCACAGACAUUUCCAAGUAAAUUCUAAACAGUUGGACCCCUGCCCCCAACCCCAAAAUCUUAGUGUAUCGUUAAAACCAUGGGUACAUGCUGAAUUCUGUGGUAGUAGAGGGGAAUUGGUUAGACAGUAUACUCAUUUAUGGAACUUUCUGUGGGUGACUCAUGAAAGACAAAUUAACAAACUGUCAUAGAAACUGUUACUGCCCCGUCUGGUUGGCUGUGCUCUGGCAGCAUUUUCACCCUGGCCAUUCAACACAGUUCAUGAAGAUCAUAUCUUUUCACUGAUACUUUUUUGAUAAUUUUUAUAUAACAAAAUCCAUAUCCUAUUUGUAACUUAGAAUAAUAAGGCUUAUAAUAAACUACCUAAAGUAAUAUAUUUGUCUGUUAUCUUUCACUAUUUCUACUUCACAUUAAUUUUUAGCUGUAACACUGUUUGAUUGAUUCUUAUUGUUAUCUUUUUCCCUUUUUUACUAUUUGGUUUUCAGCUUUAUUGAAAUGUCAGAGAAUUUCCUUUAUUAGGAACAAUGAAAUCCAUUGCAAUAUUGAAAAACAAACUACUUUAAAUUUGCAUGCCAUAUGACCAUUUUGAUUAAAUUCCUGUUUCCUUUACUCCAAGGCUUAUGUAACCACAAAUACUUCAUAGCUAUUGAGUUUCCCACUCUACCUUCGUAUAGUCAUGGCAUCGCAUUAUGUUAAUUCUGUACUAUUUUCAAGGACUUGUCAUGGAUGGUGAGUGGGAUAUUUGGAAAAUUCUCAAUUUGACAAUGACCAUGUGUCUUUACUUAGUACUGCAAUGUAAAUUACUCAGUUUACCAAUGUAUUUCAACAAUUAAAAUGUUUUUAUCCCUCUUUACGUGGAUUUCUUAAUGAUUUUAAGAUCAACACAUUGAAAGGAGUUACAGAU